AUGCCGUGUCUUUUAGGAGCGAAACAAACUUGGAAGAAGAUCUUCAUUUGGGCGUCUAUCCCAUGCUUGGCAAUGACUAUGUAUGCGGCCUACAAGGACCAUACACAUCACAUGUCGCAUGAACGCCCAGAAUAUGUUCCUUAUGAAUUCCUUAACGUCAGAAACAAGCCUUUCCCGUGGGGAGAUGGUAAUCACUCCCUCUUCCACAACAAAGCUGAGCAAUACGUUCCAGGUGUUGGAUUCGAGGAGGAACGAGAGAAACACUAA